UGCGGAACUGCCUCCAUUUUGACCAGCCAUUUCAGGGUUUCAGAAUUGGAGCUGAUUGUUUAUGCGGACGAGAGCGGCGAUUUUCGAACGAUUGCGGUCUCCAAACUCUUGAUAUUGUCCGCAAGCUAAAGGAAAAGGCCACACGGAGUAAUAUCUAUGUAGAGCGUGCUCAGAGCCGAUGCAAAUGCCUAGUGCUUUAGUUCAAAGCGAAGGAAUGGAUACAUUCACGGGGAGAAAUUCUCCGUUGACGAAGCUUAUGACAGGGGAGUUUUGCACAACGUUAUACGACUACGAUGCAGUAGACGACGAUGAACUAACCUUCAAAGUGAGCGAUCGCAUUGAAAUUUUAUCUCGAGAUCCCGAAGUAAGCGGAGACGACGGAUGGUGGGUCGGUCGUGUUGAGGGGCAAUCACGAAUCGGCUUGUUUCCUUCCAACUACAUUACGACUGAUACGAAAAGGACCAGUUUGACCGAACCUCUCGAAAUCAAUUUCAACGAGCUCGACCUGGUAGAUGUGAUCGGCGUCGGUGCAUUUGGAAAAGUUUAUUGUGCUCGAUGGAGAGAGGAGGAAGUUGCUGUAAAAGUCGCUCGCACUGAGACCUACCAGGACUACAGCGAGAUUGUGGACGCCGUCACCAAAGAAGCCAAGUUAUUUUCCAUUUUUCGGCAUCGUAAUAUUGUUGGUUUAUACGGUGUUUGUUUGAAAGAACCGAACUUUUGUCUGGUUCUAGAAUAUGCCCGAGGUGGUGCUCUCUCUCGCGUUUUAAACACUCACGGUAGAACUAUUCCUCCGAAUGUUUUGCUAGACUGGGCCUUGCAGAUAGCUCGUGGUAUGUAUUACCUUCAUAAUGAAGCUCCGCUGAGUAUCAUUCACAGGGAUCUCAAGUCUGGAAACAUUUUACUCUUAAAUAAAAUUGAGGAUGGAAAUUUUGAGAAUGUACUGAAAAUAACUGACUUUGGGUUGGCUCGAGAAAUAAUGAACACAACACGAAUGAGUGCUGCAGGAACUUAUGCAUGGAUGGCUCCAGAGGUGAUUAGAACCAACACUUUCUCGAAAGCAAGUGAUGUUUGGAGUUUUGGUGUAGUUUUGUGGGAGCUUCUGACAGGACAAGUUCCCUACAGAGACGUGGAAGCACUUGCUGUUGCUUAUGGUGUUGCAAUGAACAGUUUAACUUUACCAAUACCCAGCACUUGUCCUGAUGUUUUGAAAGAAUUAAUGAAAGAAUGCUGGAAUCAAGAUCCCCAUAAACGACCUUCAUUUCAGGGAAUUCUAGAAGAUCUGGAAGAAAUUUCAGAUUCUUCCUUUGUGCAAGAUGAUCCUGACUCAUUCCGCACACUACAGGAUGGCUGGCAGACAGAGAUUGAUCAGAUAUUUGAUGAAUUAAGGAAGAAAGAAAAGGAACUUUCCUCCAGAGAGGAUGAACUGCGGCAAAUACAGAUGGCACAAGAGGUACAUGCUGAGAGUUUGAAAAAGAGAGAAGAAGAACUUGCGCAAAGAGAGAUGAUGCUUCUUGGAAAAGAGAUUAACAUGCUAAUACAGCAACAGAAGCAACUCAAACCAUCUCCAAAGAAGAGGAAAGGUCACUUCUUUAAACUGAGGUUUGGAAGUGGAAGAAAAAUUAGUGCACCAACAGGGUUCCAGCAUAGGUUUACCAUCACGUCUGAUAUCUUUGACUCAAACCCAGCAUUAACAGAAGGCAUCAACACCACAGGGCCACCAUCCCCUGCAGUACAUCAGAGAUUCAGACUGCUGUCCUUUGAUGAUCCUGGCGAGGUCCCCGUCAGUCCCCCGGACAAAAACAAAAAGAUCCGCACGUGGGGACCCAGCUCAGUACAUCAGCGAGACCGAGACAAGAGCAGGCGUGUAAAAGCCAGGGAUAGCUUUAUGACAGAAAGGUGUAACUCAGUUCCUAACUUGGGAUCAGUGAUAAACCAAAAUAUUGGUGUCAACGGUAAGUACGUAACAGCAGAUAACAGCCCUAUGUCCACUCUCAAAUCUUCACAGAAAACCAAAUCUAAGCAUCGUUGCGAGGUAGCUGUUUGCUGUGUUGGUAUAAUGGCGUCCGCAGUAGCUUUAGGAACUGAUUUAAGACAGGGUGCGAAAGAUCUUCGUCCCGAAUUGCUAAGAUUAAAUUCGAAAUCGGACAAGCACAAGUCACCGAAUUCCCGGCGACGGCACGAAGUCGGAAAUUCCAAUCGUCGAUCGUGGUUUGGUUCAACCUCGACCGAAGACACCUCGGUUAAUUCAAACUCGAGCACGCCCGUUUCUAGUCCACAGAAUGUGGAGUUCACUGCACCAGUCGACAUGAUGCGAGGUCAAAACAAAAGGCCUCUGUCCACUCCUGUUCUACUAAAGGCGACUUUUUUUAGCGAUAGUCAACCUCCCUUAACUUACACAGAGCCGAACUCUCUCCGAGGUCGGUCUUCUUCAACUUCGUUCUCAGUCACGGUGUGUCCCGAACAGGGCGACAAAGAACUUAUCGACUUAGCGACGGAAAGACGAGACCGAAGGUCCAAGUCGAUGGAUUCGAGUGAACUCAACAGAAUUAACAUUUCGAAUGAUAGUAUUUCCAGUUUUGCGGAUGACUCUUCGACCAAUACAGUGGUGAACUGCAAACGAUAUUCACAGGAGCUGCAAGACAUUUUUAAAAUUCCUCCCCCUCCCUUCUCUCCCAGGGGAGCAAGUUCACCUCGCCUGGAUUGCAACUCCACGGACUUUACCCCUAACGCGAAGUUUUGUUUCCCAACUGGGGAGGCUGUGGGCGCCGCUAGGCCUCGCCCCAGGCCGUGGCAGGACAGUCUAAGUCCAUCACCUUCGUCUUCGGAUCAAAGUCCGACGAGCGAACAAGACAAGUUGACGCUAUUGGACAUGCAUAUGGAGGGGGAGUCACAUGACACGACCCAGCCCCUACUGAAGUCGGAAACGGUGAUCAGGGUGCCAACUUCUGAAGAACUCUUUAAGGAGUUUGGCCAGAGAUAAUGUGUAAAACGUAGUUUUAUUGUAGGUAACAGAAACUCCCUCUAAUGUUGCAUUA